CCACACGCGCUCUCUCUCCACCCGCAGUUACCACGUCCUUCGUCUUACACCACCGACCCCCACGAACCAACACCAUGUUCUUCGCAGUCUGGGCUCUCCUCGCGGUCAUCACCUGCAGCCACUAUGCCAGGUCCUCUCCAGUGCCCCCAGUAGUAGGAGCCCUUGAGCCGUCUUCGCAGGACUUCGCCCAAGGCCAAGACGAUGUCUUCGCCUCCCCAGACAAACGCCUCCUCAAGUACUUCCUCCCAGAGAGCCAGGCUUUGGGAUCUGAAGAAUUCGCCCCUAUGAUGGCCACCCAGGAGGACACCAAGAGAGGAUACUCGAACAAGAACUACCUUAGGUUCGGUCGUGGUGAUGAGAAGCGUGGCGACCGGAACUUCCUCAGAUUCGGCCGCGGAGACGCAGCCAUGGACAAGCGCAACCGCAACUUCCUCCGCUUCGGACGCGGCCCCAACCGCAACUUCAUCAGGUUCGGACGCUCCGAGACUGCCCCCAUGGAGUUCGGCCUCGGACUCCCCGAAGAGGAACUGCCCGUCAUCAUCGACCAGGGAGACAUCGACGAAAUGUUCGAAGCCUACAAGGAGGAGAAGAAGAACGCCCGCAACAGCAUCCGCCACCGCCGCUCCGUCGACCGCCAGCUCUCCUCCUUCUGCGACAACUGCGAAGACAGCCAGAAGCCCCAGCAGACCACCACCGCUCAGCCCGCCGUUGUUGCCGCCGUCAGCAGACCCAAGCGCAGCGAAGCCGAGGCCAAGGACGCGCUCAGCCUCCAGCGCAGCAAGAGAUACGUCGUGCCCAACUACUACGGCUACUCCAGCUACUCCAUGAACCACUCCCCCGCGGCCUGGGCCAAGAUGAUACCCGCCGAAGACAUGGAGCUCGAUGAGGAGCCCCAGGUCCUGGCCAAGCGCGCCUUCAACGUCCUCUCCGGCCCCAGCGAGUUCGUCGGCUCCCCCAGCAUCCCCGAGGGCAAGAUGCUGGUGAAGCAGUACCCCCGCAUCGUCAGGGCACCCGAGAGAAACUUCCUUCGAUUCGGUUGAACAAGUUGAGACAUUAACACUCCUAUAUGGCAACCCUUCCUUCACACCUUCGACCUGACUAUCCAUUUCUCUCACGGGAAAAUUGUCCUUGUACAACCUUAAGUAUGCUGACCUUGAUGUUAUAUAUCUUUACCUGGAUAACGGAUAACGGCUCAUCCCAGUGCUCCCCCAUUAACUUAUAUAUUGAUAUAUAUGUACAGACUUGAUGGGAGAUUGUUAUUUAAAUAUAUAGAUAUAUCGAAAAGAUCAGCGAUUUUUUGGUUUGUGUGUCAAUGUAUGUGGACAAAAUACAUUUAAUUAUUUAUUUCACAAAUCUUAAAUCGUUGAUCUGACGCAUUUAUGCAGAGGCCAAUAACAUAUUGAAUGGUAUAAUAUGCUGACAAUAUAUUUCGAGUCGUUAUCAGUCCUAUCUUUAGACGCUUUAGAUGUGUGACUGAGUAUGUAAGGAUGAGAGUAUUGUAUAUAUAUUCCGAGAGGCUCAACAGGUAAAGUUAGCGAGUACUCGAUUGUGGGGUGUUGACUGUAUCGUUUACUUAAGUCCUCCCCUCAAUUUACCUAUUGUAUCGUUUUCUAUGUUUUGUUGAGGUUUGCAUAUUCCAUACUUUUUCUUCCUUCAAGGCGCAAGUAGUGGUCUUGGAUUAUUAAUAUAUGUAAAGGCUGGAGAACUGAUUAAUAGUUCAUUUCACCCUAUCCUAUUCCUUUUUGAAUCUAAUAAAGUAUUAUACAUUCACACAUGCCUUCCAUGCUGUUAUUUAAUUACACCUCAUUACAAUACACAAUCUCACCCACGAACACGGUAGUCUCACGUGCACAGAAUCGGAGAAUAAACAAACGGCUGGCAUCUCUCCAAGUAUUAUUUUUCCUAGAACGGACAAUGUUCAUUCAACAUAUAUAUAGCAUUAAGAAUAACAGACAACACCGAGGAGGAAUCGAGUGCCCGCCAACUCCCUGUGCUUGUUGCCUACUCCCUGUGCUUGCGGCUAAGUCAUCUGUUAUGCAGAAGAAUUGGUAGCUUGAACCAUUCCAGAAUAUGACAGACCCACUGGAGGACCACUGGCAUCAAACCACUAUUGAUGAGAGUCUCUACGAUUCUAUGGUAUACAUGUAAAUGGAAAAAGACGAGAGCUAUGAAUCCAGACAUUUGCCACUUACGGUGUGUGAUAAUGUUUUAUCAUCCGGAGACCAAGGCGAGUGAACAUUUAACAUCAUAAUCAAUAUUUGAACUAAAAUUGGAGUUUCUUGAAAUAAAUUAUUCAUUUCUCAA